AUGGCAAAAUCUGUCAGAGAUAACCCUAAUAUGAAGGUGAUGGACAUUAGGGACAAAGUAAGUAGGAAAUGGAAUGUAGAAAUCUUUAGAAAUAUGGCUUUUAGGGCAAGAGCCAUGACAAAAGAUAAUGUUGAGGGGUCAUUCAAGGAACAAUAUAGAAGAAUCUAUGAUUAUGGUCAUGAACUUCUGAGAGCAAAUCCAGGUUCAACAAUCAAAAUAAAGGUUGAAAAUAGUAAUGAAGAGUGUAUAUUCAAUAGAAUUUAUGUAUACUUGAAAGCAUGCAAAGAUAGCUUCGUUAGUUGUAGACCCAUCAUUGGAUUAGAUGAAUGCUUUUUGAAAGGCAAGUAUGGAGGGGAGUUACUAACAAUAGUUGGAAGAGAUGAAAAUGAACAAAUUCUUCCUAUUGCAUAUGUUGUUGUUGAGGUAGAAAACAAAGACUCAUGGACUUGGUUUUUGGAGCUUCUCAUUGCAGACCUUGGUGGGGAAGCUGUUUGUGGAGCAUGUACAUUUAUUUCAGACCAACAAAAGGGACUUUUGCCAGCAAUUCAAGAUCUUCUACCUAGGGUAGACCAAAGAUUUUCUGUUAGACAUUUGUAUUCCAACUUCAGAAAGAAAUUUCCUGGAAAAGAUCUUAAACAUAUGAUGUGGAGGGCAACAACAACCACAUAUCCACAACUAUGGGAGGCUGAAAUGAGGAAAAUUAAAGAGAUAAAUGUAGACGCAUUUCAAUACUUGAUUGCAAUUCCACCUGGAUCUAGAUUCAGUCCUAGAUCACAAUAUGACACUCUUGUCAACAACAUGUGUGAGGGGUUCAACAGUGUGCUAGUUAGUAAUAGGUGUAAGCCACUUAUCAAUAUGUUAGAAGACAUUAGGGUUUACAUCAUGAAGAGAUGGGCUACAAACAGGACAAAAAUGGGUUUGUAUCAAGGUUUUGUGUGCCCUAAGGUUCUCAACAGAUUCGAAAAGCAGUCAUGGUUAACCAGAUAUUGGUUACCAAGAUGGUCAUCAAAUCAGUUAUUUGAAGUCUUACACAUUUCACAAUUUGGGGAGCAAUUUGUUGUCAAUAUUGAAAACAAGGACUACAAUUGUAGAAAGUGGAAGUCUACUUAUGAAGAGACCUACAACACCAUCAUUUAUCCUAUUAAUGGUCAACUUCACUGGGACAUAACUUCAUAUCCAGAUGUGUUACCCCAAAGAAGAGGACAAUGUCAGGAAGACCCAAUAAAAAACGAAGACUAG